UUGGUGACAAACAACAAUCGUAAGAGAUGGCGCACUACCCGCAACCGGCGUCGCUGGAAGCGGCCCUGCCGCUGCUUUCCCGGCCGGACCUGCGCCUGCGCCAGCAGCUCGGCGAGCAGCUCGUCGCGCUUGUGCGGAAGGAGCCUGAAAUAACGCACGAUCUCGCCGCGCAAUUACUCGAUGCCUUGAUCGCGUGGCUAAAUGGGGGCAAUUUUAAGGUGGCCCAGAACGGUCUGGAGGUGCUGGUGGCGCUUUCUGAGCGCAUGGGCCCGGAGUUAUCUGCGUUCGUGCCAACCAUUUUGCCGCACAUCAUCGACAGGUUGGCGGACACAAAGGAAGGUGUUCGACAUAUGGCCCGCCUGUGCAUCGCGGCCCUAGGCGAGAGCAGAGCCGCUGCCCCGCGCGCGUUGUUGGCCAGGCUGACUCCAACCACGCAACACAAAGCCGCUCACGCGAGGGAGGAGGCCAUUCGGUGUAUACAGACUUUACUUGAUACUCACGGAGCGGCUGAACUCCAGCUGCGAGGUGCAGUUCCAACACUGGCGGCCCUGGUUGGCGACCCCAACUCGGCUGUUCGCGACGCGGCUAUGCAGCUGUUGGUGGAUGUCUACAGACACGUCGGUGAAAAACUACGCUCGGAUUUGAAGAAGAAAGAAUUGGUGCCAGCACAGAAGAUGGCCUUGCUAGAACAGAAGUUUGAUGAGACUAGAGAAGCGGGCUUGCUUUUACCCACUGCUAUGCAGAGCGUGGACGAGGCAGACUUCGUAUUCCGCACGGCCAAGCGUACCAUGGCCAUCCCCACCUCCGCCAGGGGCCGGGAGGGGGACAGCUCCGGCGCAUCGACGCCAGCUUGUGAAGUGCCAAAGAGAGUAGUGGGUGGUUUAUACAGUCUACCAUCAGCCAAUAGAAAACCACCACCGCCUGCUAAGUUGACCAGCGCUGGGAGCGGUAUGUGUAUCAGAUUUUUAACAGUAGAUAUAUUAAAUGUUUGCUUUUUUUAUUACAUCAAUUUACUCGUAGGUGCAAAUUCUUCGUUAACGUACACUGGCAUUUUUAAUUAUACAAAAAUAGUGUCGUCGACAGACAUAGACAACGGACAGUUGUGAUAGAGAUAAAUUUUGAUAUAGGACGCUUGUACAAUAUAAUUAUGAUCAUACGAGAGGAAGAAUUGCCUUCAACUUACAUAGUUAACUGUCUUUCUCAAAACUGCUUCGCGCAGUCACGCAGAGGUCCUGGGUUCGAUUCUCAGGUAGAAAGGAAUAUUUGUAUG